AGCCCACCAUACUGUACCACUCCAGCACAUAUCAUUAAUAUUUUAGAACUGGAUACUCAUGGUCAUUGGUCAGACUGCAGUGCAGCAGUUUGAUAAGAAGCUGACGAAAUCUCUGAAAACUGUCACACUGCCACCACCCUACUGAAGAUCAGAGCAGCUUAGGUGGGACGCAGAAAAGGCGAAAGGGUCUCUGAAACUUCCCUGUUUAUAUACAACCAGUAUGGAUGUCUUUAAGAAAGGUUUCUCCAUGGCUAAGGAAGGUGUGGUGGCUGCUGCAGAGAAAACCAAGCAGGGUGUGACUGAGGCUGCAGAGAAAACCAAGGAGGGGGUCAUGUAUGUAGGUGCCAAGACGAAGGAAGGUGUGGUGCACAGUGUCAGCACAGUUGCUGAGAAAACUAAAGAGCAGGCCAAUGUUGUGGGAGGAGCUGUGGUGACUGGCGUAAAUCAAGUUGCCAUAAAGACGGUAGAAGGAGCAGAAAAUGUUGUAACCGCAACCGGUGUAGUAAAAAAGGAAGACCUUGUACAUCCAGAAGAAACUGCUACAGAGGAACCAUCUGUGGAGGCCACAGAAGAGGCUGAGCAGGCUGUUGAAGGAGAAAAUUAGUCAACUGUCUUCAUUUGCGGCUGAAAAUCCUUGAUGAUUUUAUUUAUUACCACAGCAGGGAAGCCAUAAAUGCCACAGCUAUAGGCACCCACUAUCCAUUGUACAGUUCUUCAUGUAUCUGUAAAGAUUCAUCUCAUUAUAGUGUGUGUUCAGAUAAACAAGUCAGCUCUAUAUACCUCACUUAUUACAUACUGGUUUUAUUUUCUGAAAUGUAGAGCUCAUUUUACUUUACUUUUUGUGUCUUGUUACUAGGAUUCUAUUAAGUUUUUAUUGUCUUAUAAAC